GCCCUGGUGGGGCACUCAGAGGGUGAAAAAAUUCUGGGAACCCUAAGACUAACCCUCUCCACCUCCACUCACUGCCUGGGGCCCAGCUCUACAGUGACUGACCCCAGGGCUGAGCACUAAGCCUUUGCCCUCACUGCCAGGCAGGAAUUUGUGAGCCAGCUGGGCACUGCAGCUGGGAAGCUUCCCAUUUACAGAGUAUUCGCAGAGCACAUAUCAUAGCAUCACCUUGGCCAAAUCCAAGAGGUCCUCCUGGAAGAGAGCCCAAACUGGACCUUAAAGAAUGCUGUCAGAGGUGGAAUAGAACUGUGAAUUAUAGGCAGGGUGAGAGUUCACAGGAUAAGUAAACUAAGCAGACAGUGACGGCUAGAGCUGUAGGAGGGACCUGGGCUUUCUGAGAAGGGGCCAGGAGUGUAAUCAGUGGCCAGAGCCGAAGAAUGGGAGAGGGUGAUGGAAGAGGAGGGAAUGAUCUCUGGGAAAUGUUGGGACCCAGCCUCUGGUAAGGACAGUAACCGCUGUCCCAGAGUUUAAAAGGAAAAUCAGAAAAACAAACAAAAGUGAAAGGAAAAUCAAUCAAGACAAAGAAUUUAGAAAAAGUCCAGGGGGUGGGUGUGCCCCCAAGAACAGCACUGAGCCAUUCCCUUACAGAACCAGUCCCCAGAGAAACAGGUUCCCCCUUACGCUCGCCCUUACCUUUCCUGCCUAGCCUGGCCUAUCCCUGCCCCUCUGGUGGAGGGGCCCUGUGGAUUACACCCUGUCAACAUCCUCACGCCAGCACUAAUUGCGUGUUUCCCCUGCCAGUGAGCAAGAGCCUAGGGAAAUGGUAGAGAGGGGAUCCGGGGCAGUCCUGGGACACUGGCAUCUUGGCUCCGGGAAGGCUCGAGCUCCUUUCAUUCCACACCCUCUCCAGAGAUUGGGGAAGGGGCUCCAGAGGUCUUCAUCUUUGCUGGCUGUUCUCCCUUUGGACCUGCCUUCCUCAGUGUAAACAAUCCCUGGGUCCCACCAGUGUCAGGCCCAGUGAGAACAGUGAAGCAGGGAGUGUUGAUUUCCUCUCCCGUGUCCUCCACUACCUCCCCUCCCGUGCUCCUCUCUGCUACCUCACAUUCUCAUCCCUUGUCCUGCUCCAGACCUUUCACCUCCCAGGGGUAUUUGGAAUUUGAAAGUGGACAAAGAUUUGAGGUAAAAGAAUGCCCCUCAUGGUGGAAUGCUUCAGAAUGCUGGAGGGAGGACUUGAGGGAAGAGUUCACUAGGAAGGCCUGGGCACAUAGGUUCAUGGGCCUGAAAGAUGCUCACUGGGUGCUGGGUACGUGCUCCAGGAGGUACAAGCAGUAACACUAUGUCAGCCUCAGUGAAGCCCCAGGUUGGCGGGGAGAGGAGACUGACCUUGUACAGGCAGAAUGGAGAAACUCAGAGGGUCCCACCUAGGCAAGGGUGGAGCAUUGGGGAACUGUCAUUAUAUUCACCAUGGAAAAUGAAAUGAGGUGACUUCAAAUCAGGAUAGACACCACUAUCCAAGGUGCCCAGUAUCAGGGGUGUGGAACUCCUGUCAAGGCCCUUGAUGGGGAGGAAGGAGGCGAUCUCACUUAUGAGAUGGGAAUCAAGCUGCAAAUCUGAGAUAAUCUGAGCAAAUACCAGAAGUCAGUCCUUAAGGAGCAGAAUCUGGGCCUGAUCCAAGCUCCAAGCCACCCUGGGAGAAGAGGGGGACCCCUAGCCACAUGGCCUGAGGCUGUUGGAGCACCCAGUGGUCAGGCAACCUGUUGAGUGCCAGAUCCUUUACCUCACAAGACUGUGCCAUGGGCAUCACGGCCCCAAUUCACAGGCUCAGGCGCAGCUUCGGAGGAAUUAUGAGACUGGCCCAGUCUCUACUGAGAGGCAGAAUUAAACCUGGAUCACCUCGGUUCCAAAUCUCACCCUGUCCCAUUAUUCCACAGGACCUCCCAUUCCUGAGGGAGCCUGGAUGUGGGCAAGUUCACAGCCUCUUAUAGUGGAAAGAGAACUGGUGGUUCGGGGUGAAACCCAGCCUGCUUCUUUGGCCUAAGGCUCGAUUGAGGGCAGGCCGAAGUCACGGUCAAGAAUCCUCGCUGGGGUCUGCAGCACCUGACGCUCUUAUCUGGUAUCUUAGAAAGGAAUCCUACCCCCUCAAUAACUAUUCCAGACACACAAAGUUCACCCCUUUACAACUUAUGACUUUAAAAACUCAUUUUGGAAGGAAGUCAAACCUAACACUCAUCUUUAGCACAUCUGCAAUAAAAUAUAAAUCUUUCUGGAUAGCUGAGGGUCAUUCAUAGAAACCAAUGACUUCUUUACAGCAGUGUUUUCAGAAGCUGUAACAGUGUCAAGGAAGCUAUAUGUCUUAAUACCAGAUGACCUUAGACCACUUUUUAAAUGCUUAUGACUGCUUUAAAAGUCUUCUGUGAUGUUGCCUCCUUGCUGUCAGGCUAUCAGUGGUCACUCGCUGCUGUAAGUGGGCUUCUAAUCUUUGAGCGCAGGAACACACAUGGACACAUUAAAACUGUGAAUAAAGUAAGGACAAGUGGGCUGUGACUGAGGACUAGAGAGCCUGUCCAAUGUGUGAAGUGCAUGAGGAUUAUAGCUGCUUAAGAGUUCUUUCUGCUCCUUCUAGACCCCACAAUGUUGCCCUGCAGCUGACCUCCAGAUAAGCAAAGUGUCACUGCACAAGUGAUCCCAAGAUCACUAUUUGCUUCUUUGAUUGGAAAAGCCCACCGAAAAUCGAAAUAUGUUCUCAAUAAUAGGAUACAGUUGGAAUAUUUAAGACAAGGAAGGCAGCAUAGCAUAGAGAUGAAAAACAGUCUUUUUUUCUUAGCAUUGGAAUGCUCUGGGUGGGAAUCCUGGUGUCCCCAUUUUCCAGCUGCAUGAUUGAUUUGGGGCACAGGCCACCCACCUACCACUCUGAGCAUCAGGGUCAUGAGGAUGAAAGAAGAUAAUGCAGGAAGGUGCUUAGUACAGCACCUGGCAAAAAUGGGGUGAGAAGGGGCCAGGAAAUCAGAAAUGUGUGUGUGGAUGCUUGGAGGUGUCAGGAAGGAAGACAAAUGGGAGCCUGAAGCAAAAGGGAUGAGGCAGAAAAGGAGCAGUAAAGAAGCCCGGACAUCCUAGCUUCCCACUAAGGCAUAGGCAUCGUCUUGUGUCUGCCCUGUGCAGCCCAGGAGGCCUGGGGCAGCCCCAGAGAGCACUGAGAGUUGGGCUGGUGCCCCUGGCCCCCCACCUGGGAUUGGAACAUCUUCUAGAGGGCUAGUUGUCUCUCCCCUUUUUCCUGCUCUGAUUAACACAAGGUGGGUGGGCCUGGCAGGGAGGGAGAUGGGGAGGAAGUCCCCACAGUGGUUUGUACCCACCAGAACCUAUUAAAAGAAUGAAGCGGCCCAAACAAAGCAGCCAUCACUCCUGUCUCCCUAGGGGCCGGGGAAAUGGGGACUUUCGUGGGUCUUAGCCCAGAAGGGGUAGUACUGGGAAGAAGAAGGUAGUAGGGAAGUUUGGUGGUGAGCAGGUUGGCUGUCCUCCUGUCCCUGCAUCUCUUUUGGUUUCUGCCUCUAGCCCUUCCAUUUACCCACAGAGCACCCAGUCUGGGCUGGACACUGGGCUGGAGGGCUGGGAUGCAGAGACAAAUGACACAGUCCUAGCUCCUGGAGAAAGACCGCCCAGGCCCUGGGUCCUGGCCUCCUGCCAUCCUCAGCUCCCUUAUCCACUGACCCCUCACCCCACUUCUUUGAACCCGUCUCUUCUGCCCCUCUGACUUUGUUCUGUUCAUGUCUUAAGCAGACUCCACAGUGUGUAUGCUCCCAGAGGGAAGCGACACAAAGGAAGGGGGUGCAGAAAGGAGGGAAUCCCGCUGACAUCACUGCUCAUUAGCAUGUGUGACCUCAUCAGGGGGUGGGACUAUUUCCCCAGGUGUCGGGGGGAGGGCUGGAGGGGUGGUAUUUAAAGGGAAAAGCUGACUGUGCGGCUGAGAGGGAGCGGGUGCUGCGAGCCGCCAGGCUGCACACACGCACACCGAUGCACACAGACCUCGACACCGACAUGGACACGGACACGGAAACCACAGCACUCUGCCCCUCUGGCAGCCACCAGGCCUCCCCGCCAGGGACGCCCACACCAGAAGCAGCCAGGGGUGCAGAAGGAUUCUCACACACAACUGUGCACUGGGGGAUGCUUACCUGCAGGGCCUCGGGAAGAGGCAGCCCCUCUCACACACCCAUGGAGACCCAACACACACAUUUCAAAGAGCGAAGGCCCUUCCCAGAUGCCACUCUGCUAAAGAAGCCAGAGAAACUGUUAGCAGGGCUGGACCGUGGCGGGCCACCCCCCGCCCCGGGGGUCCCCAGACGAAGAGGCAGUAUGCCUGUCCCCUACAAGCACCAGCUGCAGCGGGCCCAGGCUGUAGAUGAACUUGACUGGCCACCUCAUGCCUCAUCCUCUGGCUCCUCUGACUCCCUGGGCUCAGGGGAAGCAGCCCCUACCGAAAAGGACGGCAUCUUCAAAGUCAUGCUGGUGGGGGAGAGCGGCGUGGGCAAGAGCACCCUAGCAGGCACUUUCGGUGGUCUCCAGGGAGACAGUGCUCACGAGCUGGAGAAUCCAGAGGACACCUAUGAGAGACGCAUCAUGGUGGAUAAGGAAGAAGUGACUCUGGUUGUUUAUGACAUCUGGGAACAGGGGGAUGCAGGGGGGUGGCUGCGGGACCACUGCCUUCAGACCGGGGAUGCCUUUCUCAUCGUCUUCUCAGUCACCGACCGACGAAGCUUCUCCAAAGUUCCAGAGACCCUGCUACGGCUCAGGGCUGGGAGGCCCCACCACGACCUGCCUGUCAUCCUCGUUGGAAAUAAGAGUGACCUGGCCCGCUCCCGGGAGGUCUCUCUAGAGGAGGGCCGCCAUUUGGCAGGGACACUGAGCUGCAAGCACAUUGAGACGUCGGCCGCGCUGCACCACAACACGCGGGAGCUCUUCGAAGGCGCGGUGCGCCAGAUCCGGCUGCGGCGCGGCCGGAACCGCGCCGGGGGCCCUCGGCCCGAGUGGGGCAGCCCCGAGGGACCAACGCCGCCCGCGCGCCGCGAGAGCCUCACCAAGAAGGCCAAGCGCUUCCUUGCCAACCUGGUGCCGCGCAACGCCAAGUUCUUCAAGCAGCGCUCCAGGUCGUGUCACGACCUCUCUGUGCUCUGAGCCGCGGUCGCCAUGGUCACCGCGGUCGCCAUGCUCACCGCACCCUCCGCUCGCCCCCUCGCCCCGCCCCUCCCCGGUCCGACCGGCUUCCCUUGCGAAGACCGUCUAGGAAACCAAAAACUCUCGGGACGCCCUGGAGUGACCGCGGGAGGCGGCCCCCCCCCCGCCCCCAGGCCCCGGCGGGUGUCGCCCCCACCCGUUCCGCGCGCUCUCCGGUUACCUCCCGGCCCCAGGGCUCCUGGAAGGCAAGGACGCCGACCCGCGGGGGUGCGCCGUGGCCGGUGGGCGGGGCGGGUUCCGGCUGGAGGGGAGAAAGGUAGUUCUGCAAGAUGUUCUGUUUUUUAUUAAUUUGAGCUUGACCAUCUCCCCUGUAAAGAGAUCCUAAAAAGCAAGAACUGGAAAAGUGCUUUGUAGACUCCUUUACAGUUUUCCACCUUUGUACUCUGCGCGAAUAUGCCUCAACUUUAAGAGAUUCUUAAAGGUAAAGACACGGAGCUGCUGCUUUUGAGACUUUCCUUAAGUGUUCUGGCUCUUAUGCUGCACUUGUCCACUUUGCCUUUAAGAACUUCUUAAAGGCAAGGGCCUGGAAGCGCAGUUCUCCAGAAUUAAUUCUGUGGUUUACCGGCUCACCACCGCACUUCCCCUUUAAGGUUAUUAAAGGUAAGGUGUGCAGACUUUUGCCUUCAGUUGCCAGCGUGAAGAGCUGAGCGGUGGCAGUUCCAAUUUGGCCGGGGCCCAGGAGGCACCAGCCAGGGGACCACCUUUUCCUUUUCAAUAAAGAAUUUUUCUACUGCACUUGCUUACUCUGACUCUCUGUUC